ACGUGUCCUGAAAUGCGCGGCAGCAGCAGCAGCAGCGGCGGCAGCGUCAGCUUCACGCAGUUUGGAGGUGCACAAGAAUCGUUAUUUUUAGCGCCUGGUUCGUGUUGCAGCGUCGCGGGUUGGCAGCAGGAUUUUUUUUCUCCAUCCUCUGGCCACAGUUUGAGCAGGACUCGCGGGGGAGUACAAGAGGGCUGACUGCGCGUGAAGCUGCGGGGUAGUUGACGGUAGAAAGCCGAGGAGGAGGACAGCAGACUGACAGAGCGGGGAGGGGAGCAGCACCACCACAUAUCUGAAGGGAGCUUUAUCACAUAUAACAAGUAUCACCGUAUCAUCACCGUCCGACUCUGGUUCUCGUUAAACGGCCUGCCCGGAGAUGGCUAGCCCCGCUGCAGGUCGAGACGCCCCGAACGCUCCGACGCGGGACGAGUCGGGGCCGUUGGAGCCGAACCAUCCCGAACCAGCCUGUCAGGAGGCACAGAAAUGGAUAGAGGCUGUAACAGGGAAGAGCUUUGGAGACAAGGACUUCCGCAGGGCGCUGGAGAACGGCAUCCUGUUAUGCGAGCUGCUGAGUGCAAUCAAACCAGGGCUGGUCAAGAAGAUCAACAGACUGCCCACCCCCAUCGCUGGUCUGGACAACCUGUCAGUCUUCCUGCGGGGCUGUGAGGAGUUGGGCUUGAAGGGUUCCCAGUUGUUUGACCCCGGAGACUUGCAGGACACUUCUAUACGGGCUAACCUCAAGGACUCUGACUGCAACCGCAAAUUAAAAAAUGUGCUGAACACAGUGUUCUGGCUUGGGAAGGCUGCCAGCGGCUGUGCCUCCUACAGUGGCCCUACUCUCAACCUCAAGGAGUUUGAAGGGCUUCUUGCUCAAAUGAAGAUGGAGAGCGAGGAAGGAGGCGACAGUCCACAGAAACGCAGUGUGAGAGACAGCGGCUAUGACUGCUGGGACUCUGAGAGGAGUGAGUCUCUUUCUCCACCACGACACACUCGUGACAACUCCCUCGACAGUCUGGACUCUUUUGGCUCCCGCUCACAGCACAGUCCCUCUCCUGAUGUGGUGAAUCGAGGCAACAGUGACGGGCGAGGCAGCGACUCUGAGGCUGAUGCCCCAGGCAGGAAGCCAGAUGUGCGGAAGGAUGACAUGUUGGCCAGGCGAACUGCCAGCAGUGAAGCAAGAAGCUCCAUCCCCUUCAACCAGUUUCUUCCAAACCGAGCCAACGCCAGCUCCUACAUCCCCACUCCACGACGAAAACCACACACAGAGGAGGGAGAGCAGCGGAGUCGCCCUCAAGCCACUCCAGAGCAGGGCAAAAGAACUGAACUGCACCACAAAACUCCUAAGACUGUAACUUGGGCUCUUGAGAACAAUGGGGAAAAGUCAAAACAGGAAGAGGAGAAGGUGACCCGGGAGGUGUUGGAGCAAAGGAGGCUGCAGAAGUUGGAGAAGGCAGGAAUUAAAGUCCUGCCUGCUGCUGUUCGCUACAGCAGCCCUCCUGCAAUGGAGGAACAGGAAGUGAGGUCACCGUCCCCGAGCAUCAUCCUUCGUCGUGAUAAUGACUUUUUGAGCUCUCAGAAAUCUGCCUGGGAUUCUUCCUCUGAUGGGGAGGAGGAAACAGUGGCGCAGAAAGUUCCAGACAUUCAUAGAGACGACCUGGCAUCCAGACGAGCUCAUCGCGGCCCCGUUGUUCGCACAGUGCACCAGUUUGUCCCUCCGCCUGUGUGUAGCAACAAAGACAGAGAGCGCUGGGAGGGCAUUAGACGGGCCUCACAGCAAACACUGCAGGAGAAGGAGAUCAGUGACAAGCAAGCAUUCCCUGACAUCAUUACACGCAGAGACAACCCCUUCCUAAACUCCGCCCCUCGCCACAAGGAAGAGGAGGAUGAGGAGGAAGAGGGAGAAGAGGGAAAGGUUAAGGCCAUGCCUAACAAGCAGAAGGAUGACCUGGCUCGUAGGCGGGCUCAGAGUAGGCCCCUCCCUCACAGGGACGGACCGGUGAGCUUUGUUUCUGCCUCCAUGAGCCAGGCAGAUAUGAAGAAGUGGGAGAGACUCAAGAUGACUGAACCCAGUGAGGCUAGCCCGGCACCUGUGUGUCAGGCUUGUCUGGAGAAAAAUUAUGGAAGUCCUUUCAGCGGAUCAGCAAAGGCUGGACGAGGUCACAGCAAAGUUGUGACCUUUGGGGGUGUGACUGAGAUCGAGCAGCCAAUAGACACAGUCACGUCAAAUGAAGGGGAGGAGACAGAGUUGCUAAGACGACUCCUUUCCAAGGCAACUGUAGCCAUGCCUACCAUUCGCCUGGGCUCCCAGCUUUCAGAGCGGGAACGCAGCCAGGUUGAUGGAGCUGACCUCAGUCAUGCUACCCCUCCCUCUGCUGACCUCCCACCCUUGACCCCUGUGGCCGCUCUUACUCCUGCUGAGCUGGAUGCUCGUCUGGCUCAGUACGAAAGGAGAACAGAGGAGGAGGACGAGGAGGAAGAGGAGAGGAUUCCAGAUCUUCAAAAAGACGAUAUGAUGGCAAGGAGGACAGGUGUUUUCCAUAAACAAAGCGCCGCUACAGUGACUUACAACCGUUUCCUGCCUCUGCCCGCCUCUAAACGCUGCACACAGGGAGAGGACACCACUGAUGCUGCUCCGAGGAACAAAAAGGAAGUGCAUUCAGACAGAAACAAGAAACUGAACGUCAGGAGUUUCUCUCAUAGAGUGGAGCAACAGCAACCCAGUGUUCGCAUGGAAACACCUCAACAGCAGCCUGACACGACAGUGAUCCGAUCAACAUCUCACAGUGAACGCGAAUAUGAUGACGAUGAGGACGAGUAUGACGAAAAUGAGCCUGCACCUGACCUGGAGAAGGACGAUAUGAUGGCACGAAGGACCGGAUCUUACCAAAAACCAGUUGCUGCCAGAACAAAUCAGUUCUUUAACCAGUUUCUGCCUGUACCUGGAUCAGUCAAAUACAAUGUCAGCCCAGUGUCUGCAAUGAAGCAGCUACACAGCAGACCUAAGCUCACAGAGAAGAUGACUAGUGAAAGCAGCAUUGUUACCGUAGCAGCAGAACCUCAGGCCCCACCCCCCGCACUUCCAACCAGCCAAAAGUGUGCAGCACUGAGGGAGAGGCAGGAGGAGGAGGAUGGAAAGCAACAGAGGGACAUGACAGCCCCUAACACUGCUGUCACGGAUGUGGCCGAACCUCUCGCUUCUCCAUCACUCACCCCUCCACCCGGUCCUGCUUCUGCCCACAUUUGCAAAAUGGAAGCAAAGUUGGAGAAGCAGAGUGUGGAGGAGAGAGUUGAGGAAAGAGAGGAAGAGAGAAAAAAGGAUGUGAAUGAACAACCACGAAAGAAACCGUUCUGGCUAGAGGACGAUCUACCUCCAAUGAUGAUGAGCCGGCGAGUUGCUUUUAUGUCUGAGGACACAGAGAGUGUGAGUAUGGGUGACAUGCUUAAUGAAGAAGAAGUGGGACACUUACCACCACUGAGCCAAUCACGACACGAGCGCAUGCACGAGCAGUACAGCAGCUUUCGGGAAGAGGAGGACCACUGGCAAGAUGACUUGGCUCGAUGGAAGAAUCGCCGUCGCAGCGCCUCACAGGAGCUGAUCAAGAAGGAGGAGGAGAGGAAGAGGAUGGAGAAACGGAUGAAGGAGGAGGGAGGUGAUGGCAACAAGAGGAAAAGCAUCAAGACCUACAAAGAGAUCGUGGAGGAGAAGGAGCGCAGAGAGGCAGAGUUGUGUGAAGCCUACAGGAAUGCAGCGACUCCAGAGGAGGCAGCCAUGGUUUUGCAGCGUUAUGCUCUCCGCUUCACCAUUAGUGACGCAACACUGGACAGCCUGAAACUGCCCAGAUCCAUGGCAAAACCCAAAUCAGACCUAAAGCAGGUGGACAAAGAGCACAAACCGUCAUCACCCAUUAAUGACUCUGAAACAUUAGAACCUCUGCGCGAACCAGAACCAGCUGUUAUAACAGAACCAAGGGAAACAGAACCUGAACCAAUGGAGGUGGAAACAACUGCUCAACAAGAGGCAUCAGUUUGUGUCUCCACCAGCUCCCCAACACCCAACAGUCCCCUCACCUCGGUCACAAACUCAGAAAUUGUACCACCUCAGUCAUUAGAACUUAAUGAACCUCAGUCCACACCGACAGAGUCACCAACCACACAUCAGAAACAGCCAAUUACAGGAGACAAACAGCCUCAGACCAAGCACACACCGCCUCAGAUUGCAGCAGUGCAGCCUCACAUGACACCGCCGGUGCGCCCACUCCCCUUGUCUCCAUCUGUACCCUCCAGACCUGUUCCCCUUCUGGCAGCCAAACCCUACUGCCAGCCCAGGAGCACACCGUCUGGACACAAACCUGUCAAGAUGGAUGGGUUGGUGCGUGUGAAUGGAGAGGCGACGGAGGAUUCGUCCGUUUCCGCUACACCUGCCUCCCCUCAGCGCUCGUCGCCACAGGAGAUUAAAGACGUCACCUCUAAACAGACGGAGAAAGAUGUUCCCCCUGAGGAGGCUGUGAAAGAUCAGCAGACAACUGAGCAGCAGCUGCCUCCGCAGACUGAGAAAUCAACCUCCUCCACAGGCUCUGCCAUCAGCUCCUUGAUCGGAGGCCGAAACUGUGUCAUCACAACAACUAUUGUCACAGAGCUCACGCAGACUGUUGUGGAGCCUCAUCACCCGGACAUCCAGAGCAAUGGACAGGUCAAUGGCACCACAGGAUUGUUUGGAACGCCAGUGGAAGAAAAAAUGCCCCAGUCACCUACAUCACCCAGCAGCAUGCAAGAAUAUUCCCCCACUGUCUCAGAGGGACUCGAGGAGAGCAGUGUGUCUAUUGAGACCCCCAUGUUGAACUUGGCUAAACGUGUUAAUCACUGGGUCUGGGACCCCAAUGAGGAGCGUAAACGCCUGGAAAGGUGGCAGCAGGAGCAGGAGCGUCUCCUACAGGAGCAAUACCAGAGAGAACAGGAGAAGCUAAAGAAGGAGUGGGAAAAAGCACAGCUAGAGGUGGAGGAGGAGGAGCGAAAACACAACGAGGAGGAGAGACGGAUUCUGGAGGAGACUGUAACACCCCUCAAUCCCACUGGCUUGUUGAGCCAGCAGACAGAGACGACUCCAACAGCUCCAGAGAACAACAAGACAGAGAACAGAAAUAUCCCCCCUCAGCAAAACGGCCAAAGAAUCUCUGUGGGGAAUGAGGACCAGCAUUCAUCAAAGCUGCAUUUUUUCCAGGAUUCUGCAUGUGAUGGUGAGCCCUCAAAGAAACAGGAAUUGUGGAAGACGUCCUCUUUGGACCGCAACUCACAGCUAAACCAGGCACAUGUUGUUAAAAGGUCUGGAUCACAUGACGCUGUAACAGGCAAACAGUCCUCUCCCUCCUCACCAUCACCACAGCCUCCAUCACCCAGCAGGUGUGUUAGUGGGAAGAGACUCUGCUCUGGUUGCUCUCAACCUCUGGGAAAAGGAGCUGCCAUGAUCAUCGAUACAUUGGGACUGUUUUUCCACAUGCAGUGUUUCAAGUGUGGGGUGUGUGAUGGGCAGCUGGGUGACGCCACUGCAGGGACUGACGUAAGGAUUCGUAACGGGCUGCUGAGCUGCCAUGAGUGCUACAUUGCAUCUCGAGGCAGGGGACAGCCCACCACGCUAUGAUGAGUUACAUUAGAAAUGGAAAUACCACCAUCACCGUCGCAGUCUGUGAUUGGGCGGAGAAUGAUUCUAGAACCUUGAAUCACAUUCUAGAACACUCUUGGAAACUCUUUGGAACGUUGCAAUUAAAUUUGUUUUUUCUCCUGAAAUGCACAAACAGCUUUAUGGAUGUUUCUGAGGGCAGAACUGGACUGACAUGUGGACUAAAUAACACAACAUCACCCGCACAUACAGUGCGAUAUGUGCUUCUUAACUGUACACAUGUAUACACUUCUUUUUAAUAUGUGUAGCAUGGACAUAAUGAAGAAAUCAGUGUGUUUAGGUCUUUGCACAUCCAUACUUAGCCAAGACACUAAAAUAAGGAAUUGUUCUGUCACAAGCUAAACAUGUUACACUAUGGGCUAAACACUACUGUCUUUAACACAACACAGUCUCAAAAAUCUUGAUCCAUUAACCCCUGCUUCUGCACUGACCAUGUGACUCCACUCUCUUGAGUGUGUUGAAAACUGGUUGUGGGUUGGAUAACCUGAAGUAGCUUGACCAUUAUAAUGCCUUACUCAUCAUACUUUGUCAUUCAUUUUGGGUUUUGUGUUUACAGUUUUGCAUGAAAGAAGAACAUAUAUAAGUUAUUGUGAGUAUUGCUCAGAUGGAUAGUGUGAGUUUGACGUAGGUUAUUAUCUCCUCAAUGGUUGAACUUUAACUUUCCUCUUGUAUGUUGUACAUCAUCAUCAUAUUUUUGAAUUUUUGGCAAUCUGGCUAACUUGCUCAAGCUUUUUCUUUAUUAUUCAUUUUACAGGAAUGGGAAUGCAUUAUAUUAAGUAAUAAUACUUGUUCUUUGGAUUUUAAAUAUUUUCCCUUUAAGAUGUUUUAGCCAUUGUUUAUUCUCAGAGAGUGACUGCAUCUGAAUCAGUGCCUUAUGUAAUGAAUGCGAGGGCUGGUGAAUUUUAUGUGAAGGAGUAUUUCACACUCACAUAGACCUCUGGGUCUUGGCACAUUGUGUGUGUGUGUGUGUUACGAGUGAGUGUGCAUGUGUGUAUGAAAUCAUGCAUGUAUAGGUAUGUAUGCAGUGUGUGAUUUGACCUGAAGCACAAUUCCAUACCAGCAAAAAAAAUGUUAAAUGGAUCAGCCGCUCUUAAUCACCCUGUUUUCUUCCACCUUUUCCCAUGGGCUAAACCAAUGACACAAAGUUAUUUGCUGCUUCCCUGUUAAUUACCCCCUGAUAUUAUAUCAGUUCACAGUGUCCUAAAAUCUCUCCUUCCUCGUCUGCCUCUAUCACAAGUGUUGCCUCCCCAGAGUCUGAGCUGAACUCCUCUCUGUGUUAUUGCCUCUAUCUGGACACCUGACAUUGUCUUCGCCACUCAGAGGAGUAGAGCACCCAGUUCAUUGUCUUUUAUAGCAAGUGUAUGUUUAUCAAUAAAAUAUUUUAAAUUGGA